UUUCCUUAUGUGUCAGUAAGAGACUUGUGCUUGUAGAUGAUCUCUUGGUUAUAUAGAAGUGUAUUAUUAUUAAAAGUGAAUAGAUCAAUGGAGUAUGAAAAGGGCUGUUCUUCAACUCUUGCACUGACUGUGUGCUCUGCUGCUAUUGGAGGAACCUUUCAAUAUGGCUAUAAUCUCGCUAUAGUAAAUGCACCCACUAUCUACAUUCAGAAGUUUAUUAAUGAGACUUCUAUGGAGAGAUGGGCCACAGCUCUGGACUCUAAUCAGGUUGUCCUUAUUUGGACUGUCAUAGUUUCUGCCUUUUCCCUUGGUGGACUGUUUGGGUCACUGCUUGCUGGCCCAAUGGCUAUUCGCUUUGGACGCAAGCAGAGUCUGCUGCUAAAUAACUCUUUUCUUUUGGUUAGUAGUCUCAUGGCCCUGAGUAGUCGCUCAUUCAGAUCCUUUGAGAUGAUCAUCAUUUCUCGUUUGCUUGUUGGAGUUAAUGCAGGUGUGAGCAUGAACGUCCAGCCUAUGUAUUUCGGGGAGAGUGCUCCUAAGGCUAUGAGGGGUGCUGUUGCAUUUUCUUCGGCUGUUUUUACAGCAAUGGGAAUCCUGUUGGGCCAGGUGACAAGUUUGACUGAACUGUUGGGAAGUGAGACUCUCUGGCCGUAUCUUUUAGCCAGCAAUGCUGUUCCUGGCCUUCUCCAGUUGUUCACGUUGCCCUUGUUCCCAGAGAGCCCUCGUUACCUGCUCAUCGACAGGGGCGAUAGAGAGGCCUGCAGUCGUGCUCUUAACCGCCUGAGAGGAUGUAAUGUGUCUGAUUCUGAGAUGGAGGAAAUCCUAGAAGAGCAGAAAGCAGUCGGUGAGGCUCAAGCCAAAUCACUGUGGGAACUACUAUCUGAUCGUAGUCUUCGGCGUCAGCUGUGCGUCAUCUGUGUAGCCAGCAGCUCCAUGAUGCUCUGUGGGAACGACUCAAUCUACUUCUACGCCUCAUACAUAUUUCAAGAGGCAGGAAUACCCAUGGAUAAGAUCCAGUAUGUGACCAUUGGCACAGGUGCUUGUGAAUUCACUGCAGCUAUAAUGUGUAACUUGCUGAUUGAAAGACUAGGGCGCCGAUUACUCCUCGUUGGUGGUUAUGUGCUCAUGGCUGGCUGGGCCGUAGUGUUCACACUAUCUCUGGCUCUCCAGGACAAAGUGGUUGGCAUGCCCUACCUGAGCAUGACAUGUGUCUUUGCUUACAUCCUAAGCUUUGGCAUGGGUCCUGCAGGCGUAACUGGAAUACUGCCCACAGAGCUCUUCAACCAGAUGAAUCGACCUGCAGCUUACAUGAUUGCCGGCUCCAUGAUGUGGCUCAACCUCUUUCUUGUGGGAAUGACCUUUCCUUUCAUAGUCAACAGUCUGGGCCAGUUUUGUUUCAUUCCUUUUUGUGGUGUGUGUGUGAUCUCAUCUAUAUUCGUCGGUCUUGCUUUACCUGAGACAAAGGGGAAGACUAUAGCUGAGAUCACUGCAGAGUUUGAGAAAUGUACCACAAAGGGAUUAUCUAACAGGACCACACAACAAGACCACAUACAGCUACAGGAAUCUCAACACAUCAUCCAACAAAUUCUUGAUGACUGACAGAGAUGAUUAUAUUGUGUAUUAUAUUAUGUAUUUUAUUUUGUUGUUCUUGCUGGCCUUGCAAUAUCUGCAAUAUCUUAUAUAUGAAAUAUAUAUAAUAGUAAUA